AGACGGUUGGCGUAGAGUUGAAUUUUCGUUUUUUUUUUUUUGGGGAAAAAAAUAAAAUCUUCGCUUCACCUGAUCUUUGGUUGUAGACGGCUGAGGAAAUGAUUCAAUUUAUUGUCUGAAAUCCAGAGGAAGAGGCAACAGCGUGGUUGAAUCAGAGGAGAAAAGUUCUGCAGAAUCUGGAACAUCUUUCUUGUUUUCUGUCUCUCUUCCUCAGUUGGUCCAUCGUUUUAUUUCGCUCGUUGAAAUGUAUUGUUCUGAGUCCCAUCUGUAAGUUGUUGGCUGUUCAAAAGUUGCUGGAUCGUAAUUGAAUUAUACCACAUGGCGAGGAUAAAACCUCAGGCUCUUCUAAAUCAAAGCAAAAAGAAGAAGGGGCCCAAUCGUGUCAGUGUCACUACAGUUAUCACCUGCAACUUGAUUAUAGCUCUAAUCAUAUUGUCUUUAAUUGCAACAUAGCAUUGGUCACACAGGUCAAGAGACCAAGCAGGAUCUGGAUUAUCAACUUUUGAGGAUACAAAUGCUAUGGUGGACUCAAAGAAAUACGAUCUUCCUGGCUAUGCUAUUCUAAAUACAUCAAAGGGUCUUAUAACAGUGGAACUCUUCAAAGAAGGUUCUCCAGAGAUUGUGGACAAAUUUCUUGACUUGUGUCAAAAGGGACAUUUUAAAGGGAUGCCGUUUCGUCAUGUCAUCAAAAAUUACAUGAUUCAAGGAGGUCACUUGCAGGGUCAUGGUGCAAUCGAGGAGUGGACAUCAAAAGGAAAGCUUCACAACCACCAUACGACGAGCCCAAAGCACGAGGCUUUUGUGCUUGGAACUUCAAAGACUAGAGAGGCCACUCAGGAAUUUGAGCUGUUGAUUACAACUGCACCAAUACCAGACGUAAAUGAUCAGCUUAUUGUGUUCGGGCGAGUUAUCAAGGGCGAGGAUGUGGUGCAGGAAAUCGAAGAGGUCGAUACUGAUGAACAUUAUCAGCCUAAAUCAGCGAUAGAGAUCAUCAACGUGACAUUGAAACGUGAGAUCUGAGAAACCCAUUUCUUCUAGAAUCAAGGAUUUCUGAAAAGGGUGGUGGUGCCAAAUUGAGAAGCUGAUUUUCCAACUCACUUCACCAAGUUUGUCAUGGCUUUGAAAUUUCUUUCUGCUUCCCCCCUUUCAAGGCAUUCUGGAAGGGGGUAUUCUGGAUGGGGGAAGGAUUUUUGUUUGAAAGGUGGAGGUUCUGUAUUUUAAAGAGACCUCUCUUAUUAUUAGUUCUUUUUUUUUGUAAUUUGGCUUGGAUAUAUGGUAGAUGACUUCAAAUAGUUUAUAAUAUUAUUUUUUUUAA